AUGCGCCGGCGGUCCCAUCCGCGGGGCGUGUCGUGUGCGUGUCAUGUGUCUGUCUGCGCCGCUGGUUUGCCGCAUCUUGAUGCUGCUGCUGCUGCUGCUGCUGCUGCUGCUGCUGCUGCUAUUUGCGCAGACGAUGGACCGGUCAUGGAACACGAAGCAUGGAACAUGGUACGAGCAUCAGCAGCAGCAGUAGCAGCAGUAGCACUGCCACCAGCAUUGUGCUUUCCGGCUGAGACUGUGGUCUGGACCGGACUGGACUCGCUCGACUGCUGUGCUGGAUCCGGACGGCGGAAGGCAGAUUCGGAGGACGGCAGACGGCGGACGGCGGACAAGGGAUUCGGCGCCGGGGAACAGCCGGCCGACCAGCUUUCCUCGCCCGCAGCGCUUCCCAACCCCGACUGACAGGCAAAGACAAACCAAGGGGUGACAUGACAGUCUCGUCUCCCACGUAUAAGCAAUGGGCGAACAUUGAAUGAGACCAACAGUAAUAAGACCUCUUG